AUGGAAGCAGUGGUAAAUUCCACAGAUGUAGAAAUACAAAUGAAUUAUUUAAAUAUAGAAAAAUCAGAAAAAAAAAAAAUUGAUUUAAAUGAUAGCAAUCUUAUUUCUUUUAAUUAUCACGGGAGUGCCUUUGACGAGUAUUUGGAAAAUAAGUCAAACUUAGACAAUUAUGAAAAUAUGGAAAAGGAACAUAUGAAUAACUUAAGAAUUAAUUUAUUUGAAAAUAAUAAAAAGGUAAUUGAAAAAGAUGACUCAAAGGAUAACUGUACGAAAAAUGAAAUAAAUAAUAAUGAUAAAAAAAUACUCGAAAAUGAAAAUGAUUUAUAUACUAUAAAGAAAGAGGAAGGAGUUAGUAUAUUGAAGGGUUCUGAGAAUAAACUAAACAUAUUUAAGAAUCAAGUUAUAUAUUCUGAGAAUGAUAAAGAAAAUGAAAAAAUAAACAGCUUAGAUAACAAGGACAAAUUGGAUUUAUAUUCUUCCGAUACAAUGGAACAAGAAAAAAAAAAAGAAAAUGAAGCCUCUUAUAGCAGUACCAAUGAUGUUGAUAAUUCAACUGAUAAAUUAAAAACAUAUGAUGAUAAUAUAGGAAUGAAAAAUAAUAGUAAAAAUGUAAUUGAAGAAACAAAUUAUAGCAAGGAAAAGAACAUAUUUAAAAAUGAUAUAAAUAGCAAUUAUGAUAAUAAUUAUCAUUUAUCUCAAGAACAAUCUGAUAGUCUACAAAAUGAAGAAAAAAAAGUUUGUAACGAAAAUGGUAUAAAUGAAUACUCUCAAAAUAGUAACGAAUUACAUAAAAUUUUAAAUAAAGAGUUGGAAAAAGAUAAGAAAAGUAAAAAAAAAAGUAGAAAUAAAAAUAAACUCUUUUCUUUAUUUAAAAAAAAGGAUGCUCUUAGUUCAAAUUUUCAAGACAAAGAAAUAUGUACAGAAAUAAAUAGAAAGGCAGAUACUUGUAUGAAUAAUAAUACCUUAAAUAAAUCUUAUAUGAAUAAUUCAAAAGAAAAUGAUGUUUUAGAAAAAGAAAAAAUACCAAUAGUAAAUAAUGAACAUAACAAAAAAUGUGGAAAUUCUGAAGAAAACAUCCUUUCUAAUAAUUCAUCACAUAGCAAUGUUCAUAAUAGUUUUAAUGUAGAGUUUCUUAAUAUUCGUAAAAAUAAAAAUUCUUAUUUAAUAAAAGAAAACAAUGAAUAUGAGACAAACAGUAAAUAUGUACGAGAUGAUCACAUAUAUUCAAUUAAAACUGAAGAUCAUAUAAUAUUAGAUUUACAAGAAGAACAUAAAGAAAUUAAUUUUAAUGAAAAUGGAAAUGAUAAAAAACUACAAAAAAUAGAAAAAAAAAUAUAUAGUUUUGAAAAAAUAAAAUCUUUUGUAUCUAAUAAUACAUAUUUAAAAGAUAAAAAGAGUUUGAUUAUAGAAAAAAAGUCAAAAAUAUCAAAGGAAGUGAAAUACUUUUGUUUUAACUAUAGUAUAUUAUUAUGCAUCAUCUUAUAUGUGUUAUGUUUUUCAUUUGUACUAACAUCACUACUUUCUGAUUCUUGGAAAAUUCAUGAGAUCAUAUUAAGAUCAAAGAAUAAUGAGAAAUCAAUAUUAAUUCAUAUUGGAGCGACCACCGUAAGAAGAAUUCAAAAAAUUACACAAAUAAAUGGUGAUGUAAACCUUUCUAUUGAUAAAGAACAAACAAUGGAAUCAUUAAUAAAUAAUGAAUUCUGUAAAUUAAUAAGUAAACAGUCUUUGGAAGAUUUUUUAGUGAAUUUGGCCUCUCAAAACAUGUUACGAUCAAAUUAUAAUAUAAAAGAUAAUGAAAUAGAGCUAACUGAUGAAGAAUUAAAUUCAGCACUAAAAAAUCCUGGUGAUGUUGGAUUAUUAAAAGAUGAAAAACUUGUAAUAACCCGAAAAUAUAUUUUCGGUCCUACUAUAUAUAAUUUAGAGUGUAAAUUUUUAGAAAAACUAAAAAAAGCUGGGAAUUGUCAUAGAAUUCUUUUAUAUGCAAUACUAACAUUUUUAUUUAUAUCAAUAUUUUUAUUAAUAUAUAUUCUUCUUAAAUAUAAAAGCAUAAAAAAUAUUCAAAAAAUAAAAUAUUCUUCCUUUGUUUUUGUAAAUUUAGCAUUAAUAACAUUAAUCUCAUCAAUUUUUUCUAUAAAUCGUGAAUAUAAUAUUCCUCUUUGUGUUCAAAAUGAUGGAAGUUCAGGAAUUUGCCUAGAUGGGAAAUCAGUUUAUUUGAUACGCUCAACAAUAAUUUUAAUUAUUUUUUCAAAUUUAUUUUUUUCUAAAUUUUUAAAUAAGUCACAUACUAAAAGCAAUACAAUAGAGGAAUCUACUUUAUCAUAG